AUGAUUGAAAGUGAGAGGUUGCAUUAUAUACGUAAGCAGCAGAAAGUCCUAAGGUGCGAGACAUAUGAUAAUCUAUGCAAUGUACAAGAACAAGGAGAGUGGGAUGUUUCAAACAUUGGACAACGUGUUAUACUACCUUCUUCUUUCACCGGUGGUGCUCGAUAUCAAGCCCACAUUAAUGUUGAGUGGUGCAAUCAKGCAUCUUCAAUCAAGUAUUUGUUCAAAUACAUCAACAAGGGUCCAGAUAGAGCUACUGUUGCAAUUAUAGAAAACAAUGAUGAUGCGGUCAUUGUUAAUGUUGUUGAUGAGAUAAAACAGUAUUAUGAUAGUAGAUACCUUUCUGCAUGUGAAGCUUCAUGGCUUAUUUAUGGAUAUGAUGUUCAUUACAGGACUCCUUCCGUGUUAAGACUUCCUUUUCAUCUUCCGGGACAACAACAAACCAUCUGUGGUGUCCUCAAUGUUAUUAGCUUGGAUGCAUUGUAUCAAAUUUAUCAAGAAGCACGAGAACUCACUUACGUUGAAUUUCCUACAAAGUUUGUAUGGAAAUUGGACGAACGACGUUGGGAUCGAAGGAAAAAAGGGUUCUCAAUUGGACGGAUUCAUUCAGUUUCUCCUACUGUAGGAGAAGGGUAUUACUUACGAAUUCUUCUGAAUAAAGUCAAAGGUCAUAAAUCAUUUGAAGACAUUCGUACAGUUAAUGGAAAAACAGUUUUUAUUUUUAGAGAUGCGUGUUAUGAUAUUGGGCUUUUAGACGAUGACAAGGAAUAUAUUGAAGCCAUUGAAGAGGCAAAUUUAACUGCAUCUGGUUUUUAUCUCUGUUUCUUAUUUGCAACCAUGCUGAUUUCAAACAGUUUAUGUAGACCUGAAUUUGUUUGGGAAAAAACAUGGCAAUACUUAACAGAUGGGAUUCUAUACAAGCAACAAAUUGUUUUACAGUCGCCAGAUUUAUCUCUUAAUGAACAACAAGUGAAGAAUCUAACUUUGUUCGAAAUUGAAAAGAUUUUGCUUCGUAACAAUUCCACGUUGAAAGACUUCACUACACUGCCUUAUCCUGAUAAUGACUCGCUUGAAUCCUCAAACAACCGUUUGAUUGCAAAAGAACUGGACUAUAAUCAUCAUAAUUUACAAGAUGAGUUUCAGACACUUGUAACUGCUCUAACAAAUGAGCAAAGAGGUGUGUAUAAUGAAAUCAUGACUGCGGUUGAAAAGAAAAAAGGUGGUGUAUUUUUUGUUUAUGGGCAUGGCGGAACAGGUAAAACAUUCCUAUGGAAGACCUUGGCUGCAUCAAUAAGAUCUAAANAAAAGAAAAAAGGUGGUGUAUUUUUUGUUUAUGGGCAUGGCGGAACAGGUAAAACAUUCCUAUGGAAGACCUUGGCUGCAUCAAUAAGAUCUAAAAGAGAAAUUGUUUUAAAUGUUGCUUCCAGUGGUAUUGCAUCCUUACUUCUUAACGGUGGCCGAACAGCACACUCUCAGUUUCACAUCCUGCUCAUUCUCAAUGAAGAUUCUCUUUGCCACAUGAAGCCAAACAGUGAUGUUGCGAGCUUAAUAAAGAAAACCACUUUGAUAAUAUGGUAUGAGGCACCAAUGGUUCAUAAACAUGCAUUUGAAGCAUUAGAUAGAAGUAUGAAUGAUAUUUUCAAUGCUCAACACAGUAGUGACUCACAUAUGCUUUUUGGUGGUAAGGUAAUUGUUUUUGGAGGAGAUUUCAGACAGAUUCUACCGGUUAUUCCAAAUGCAGGUAGACAAGACAUCGUAAAUGCAUCAUUAAGUUCAUCUUACAUUUGGGAAAAAUGCAAAGUCCUAAAGUUGACUAAAAACAUGAGCCUAACUGCAAACAGUGAAACUUCAUAA